GUCACAGCCAUCCGUCGGGUUCCCCAGCCCGGCGCUGCGGCGGGGGCCGCCGUCCAGGCCUCUGAGGAUUUGCAGCUUCGGCUCUGGGACACCCGGCAGGGAAUCCUAAAAGGCCCGGCCGCGGCAGUCCGGGCUGGCCCAAACCAGCUCAUUUGCCUGGAUGUCUCGCCGGACGGUAACUACGUGGCCUGUGGCUCCAAGGGCUUCUCCAGGGAGAACUGCGAGGUCAAAGUCUUCGACCUAAGAGCUUCACUUCAAGAGCUACACUCGCUCCCAUGCGCGGAUCAGACCAUCGAGGCGCUGCGUCAUGUUGGGAGCGAUCGCUGCCUCACCGCCAGCAAGGAUGGCCAUGUCCGAGCGGUAUCUCUUCCAUCGCCCAAG